AGCAUCGUCACAGAUACUAGGAAGUAGCAGAGCUGGAACAAAAUUAUGCGUAGAGUGCAUCAGAAUUCUUCCCCUCUUCCACAUAAAUAACAAUAUUAAGGGACUCAGUCCAUAUCCCCUUUCUCCAUAUGUUUAGGUCCAUGCACACACAGACGUGAACAUCAUGUCGAACUCAGAGUUUCGAAUUCUUGUGCUUCUGGUUUUCCUCACGAUACAAGCAUCCGGAGCUGCAGCUGGACUUGCAAGGCCCAACUGUGUUGAAACAUGUGGGAACGUCAGCAUUCCCUUCCCCUUCGGAAUAGGUGCCGAGUGUUUCUUGGAUCCCUGGUAUGAGAUCUUCUGCCCAAAUAGGUCGGAUCCAAUACUAAAAAAGAUGGGAUUGCAAGUUCUCAACAUUUCACUUCCCAAUUCUUAUGGAUUCAUGGAUGGCAUGAUCACUGUCAGUCUUCCAUUAAUAUACUCAAAUGCAAGCUGCGGGGGCGAAGGACUUGGUGUGCCAGUGAACUUUAGUGGAAGUCCAUUUGUCUUUUCCCAGACAUGGAACGUAUUUACGUCGGUUGGUUGCAACACCAUGACAACAGUGAAUAGUACAGAAUCAGCUGUUGUCGGUUGCAGAUCAAAAUGUGCUGGAACCAAUGCCAACAUUGGCCGAUAUAGUGCUUGUUUCGGGAGGGACGGAUGCUGCCAGACUACGCUCCCCUUUAACCUUCAAGGCUUUGAUGUGGAUUUUCAAGAAAAAGGUGAACCUCAGGGAUGCAAGUACGCUUUCCUGGCAGAUAGAUCAUGGUUCUUGAGGUCUAACGUUACAGGUUUAUAUGAUUUGAGUUUGAACGAUACAGUUCCAGUGGUGUUGGAAUGGGGAAUUUCAAACAAAACUGACUACGGACUCAGGCUUAUCCAGCAAGCCUAUGGCUUAGGCUAUCUUAAUACCUUCAGAUGUAGCAGAUACAGCCUCUAUGGAUCGUAUACGAGUGAAAUGCCAAUUAUACAGUGCUAUUGCAGAAGGGGGUACAGGGGUAACCCCUAUCUUACUGAAGGAUGCCAAGAUAUUAAUGAAUGUGAAGAUCGAGACUUGUGCCCCGGGAUUUGUGUGAACAAACGGGGAACCUAUGACUGCAUCGCUGGUAGAAAGACACCUAUCAUUAUUGGGGUUGGGGCAGCCUUUGGGGCACUAGUUUUGUGUCUUGUCUUAUGGAGGUUGUACAAAUACGUCAAGAAGAGAAGAGAAAUCAAACUCAAAGAGAAGCACUUCAAACGCAAUGGUGGCCUUUUGUUGAAAAGUGAGCUAUCUUCACCAGAAGGCAAUGUCGAAAAAAGCAAAUUGUUCAAUUCCAAGGAUUUAGAGAAGGCCACGGACAAUUUUAAUGAUGAUAGGAUACUUGGGCAAGGUGGACAAGGUACUGUUUACAAGGGAAUGUUAACAGAUGGAAAAAUAGUUGCGAAAAAAUCAAAAGUGAUUGACGAGGGAAAAGUCGAACAAUUCAUAAAUGAAGUCCUCAUCCUCUCACAAAUCAACCAUAGGAAUGUGGUUAAAUUAUUGGGGUGUUGCUUAGAGACGGAAGUCCCGCUUUUAGUGUAUGAGUUCAUACCAAAUGGGACUCUAUACCAAUAUCUACAUGACCCAAAUCAAGAGUUUCAUGUUUCGUGGGACACGCGGCUACGGAUUGCAACUGAAAUUGCAGGAGCCUUAUUCUACUUGCAUUCAGCAGCCUCUAUUCCCAUUUAUCAUCGAGACAUCAAGUCCACCAAUAUCCUUUUGGAUGAGAAAUAUCGGGCAAAAGUGGCGGAUUUUGGUACUUCCAAGUCAGUUUCCCUUGAUCAAACUCAUGUAACCACAUUGGUACAGGGUACUUUCGGCUAUCUAGAUCCCGAAUAUUUCCAAUCAAGUCAGUUCACUGAUAAAAGUGAUGUGUAUAGCUUUGGAGUGGUACUUGCUGAACUCUUAACAGGGCAAAAGCCAAUUUCUUCAUUGAGGGAACAAGAAGGAAGAAGCCUCGCAACGUAUUUCAUAAUCUCGAUGGAAGAGAACCGUUUGUUCGACAUUGUUGAUGCUCAAGUUUUGAAAGAAGGUAAAAAGGAAGAGAUUGCAUUAGUUGCUAACCUUGCGAAAAGGUGCUUAAACUUGAAUGGGAGGAAACGACCUGCAAUGAAAGAAGUGGCAAUGGAGUUGGAGGGUAUAAGGAAGCUCCAAAAUCCUUCAGUUAUUUUGCAAAAUCAAGAGAACCACAAGGCAACUGAAUCUUAUAAUGCUGCUUUUCCAUCUAACAAGUCAAACAUUGACAUGGAUGUCAUUACAUUUUCGGAUGUUCAGCCACUCUUGCCUAGUGAGUCGUGGUGAAGAUUUGUUCUGCCUCUUACUCUUAUGGGUCAUAUUGCUUUGUUUGUCAUGGAAAUCAGUCUUGAGACCAAAAGAAAGAGAAAAUAAAGAAUGGAGGAAAACUCAUUCCUUCACUAAUAGGACUAGUUAGUUACCCAUUGGUUAUGAAGUUAUUCUCGAUGUUUGCGAUCGAUCAAUUGUUAAGCUAUACUAUCCCAAAUUAUUCAGAUCUCUGUAAUUAGCUAGGCAUCAUCAUUUAGUGGAUGUGCCAAUUUGGAAAUACUUUGCAAACUGCAAUCAUCUUGCACAAGCAUGAUGCAGUGUUUUUUCUUUCAUAUGAGAUCCGUAAAUUACCUGU